GCAGAGGCAGGCGUGGAGUGCUGCCCACCAACCACCUCCAUUGGGGUGGGCUGCCGCCCCGAUGGGCGGGACGUGGCAGUCGGCCCUGAUUCGGCUGCCAGGUGCGAAGACAAGGGCAGCCAGACCGACAUGGACAGCGCUGUCCCAGCAGGCGAGGAGACAGAGCCCAGUGCGGGCAAUGCACUGAGCAGCCCCUCGGCACAGGGCGCAGGAGCAAUGGGGGGGACGUGCCAGGGCAGCCCAGCCCCUGGGGCAGCCGUGCCAGAGACGACGCACAGCAGCCGGAACACGUCCCCAGUGCGGGAUGGCGGAGCUGCCCCGAGUCCUGCGGCUGGAGCCCUGAAGUCCAUCAUGAAGAAGCGGGACGGUCCCCCGCGGAGUGAGGCCGAGGGCAGCAAGAAGAGCCUGCAGUUUGUGGGCGUGCUGAACGGGGAGUACGAGAGCACAUCCAGCGAGGAGGAGGAAGGAGACAGCUCCUCUGAGAAGGCUUCGGCUGACAGCUCCGACAGCGAGGAGCAGGGGGAUACUGAAACCUCAGAUGAGGAGGCCAGGGAAGGCGAGUGCGAGCCAGGAUGGGAGCACGAGGGGGCUGGCAUGACCCUGCCGGAGCCCCCUGAGGUGAAGGAGAAGUUUGAGCUGAGCCCCAGGAUGCGGGAGGCCUGCCUCAUUGUCAAGACCCACCUGGGCCACCCCGGUGCCACCAAGAGCAAAGAGGUGGUGAGGGUCUGUAACGUGGACCACCAGAACAAAGCCGGCUACACAGCUCUCAUGCUGGCAGCGCUGGCGGCCGUCGAGCAGGAAGAUGACAUGAACGUGGUGAGGAGGCUCUUCAGCAUGGGCAACGUCAACGCCAAGGCCAGUCAGGGGGGCUCGACUGCGCUGAUGUGCGCCUGCGAGCACGGCCGCGUGGAGACAGUGAAGCUGCUGCUGGCUCAGCCCACCUGCAACAUCUCCAUUGUGGACAGCGAUGGUAACAACGCCGUUGCCAUCGCGCUGGAGGCCGGCCACAGCAACAUUGCCGUGCUCCUCUAUGCCCACCUCAACAGCACGAAGGCACAGCUGCCCCAGGGGACAUCACCAACAGCCACAAAGAGCCCUGGGAGCCCAAAGAAACCAAAUUAGAGUGACCUUUGGAUCCAGCCAGGGGCCAGCCAUGUGCCAGCCAGCCACCAUCAGCGCUAGGCUGU